AUGAAGUAGAUAGAGAGUAAACAUUCUUCAACCUCUUCGAAACUGUACCAAUAAUUUAAAACUUAGUGCUGCUGUUGAUUGACUGUUUAUAACGAAGAGUCGAAUAUCUACUUCAAUAUUUUAUUCGAGCAGUUGAUAUAAUUUUGUAUCCGAAGUAAAAUUAUCUGUGUUCAACAUUUACGUUGUUUUGACAAUACACAGUGAAAUGGCUAAUACGCUUGUUAUAGCAGGCAUAGGCCUCGCUGCAGUUGGUUUCACCGGACGUUAUAUUCUUAGAAAGAUGCCAGGUUUAUCUCAAAAGAUGGCAGAGGCGGUUAAAAAUAUGCCAAAAUUAGAUUCGCAAACAUUAGCAAAUAACAAGUAUUAUAAAGGUGGGUUUGAAUCUAAAAUGACUCGUCGUGAAGCUAGUUUAAUAUUGGGUGUAUCGCCAACUGCUAAUAAAGCAAAAGUAAAAGAACAAUUUAAAAAGGUUAUGGCCGUAAAUCAUCCGGAUCGAGGUGGGUCCCCUUACAUUGCUGCAAAAAUUAACGAAGCAAAAGAUUUGCUUGAAAAAUAACCCUAGUAAAAAUAGUUAAACGAAGAACUGGUUAUGAUAAUUUGUAUUACAUCUGUAAUUGUAAAUUUAAUUCUAGCAAACAAAUUUAUAUGUACAUACCCAAGAACAUAAGUAGAUCUUAUACUUAA